AUGACGCGGCCUUUCGGUAAUAGUGAUAAACGAUUUUCUAUUGACGACGCAUUUGAAGAAGAAACUGAUGAAGCUAUAAAAGUUUACGGUGCUACAGGAGACAGAUCGCCUUUACAGAAUAAAUAUAAAAGUGGAAACGAAUAUCUGGCCAGCAAAACAUACAAAUGCACGGAAGACACAACUUCACGGGACUCAGACUCAUUGAUACAUGAAUAUGUUGAAGCCACAACGUCUAUGUACUGCUGGAACCAUCCAAAAGUCAGAGAGAAUUGGAAAACAGUAUGCGCAGCGGUUGUGUUACUUUUAGUGGGUGUGGGACUUCUUGGCAUGGGGGCGUUCGCUGUUGCCGAACCCGAGAAUGGUCUCCAAGGUGCAGUAUUCUUCGUCGCUGGUAUGAUCUGCUUCGUCCCUGGCGCGUACCACGUCGUCUACAUAUGGUUAGCUGCGCGUGGCCAGCGAGGUUACGAUUUUUACCAUCUCCCUUUGUUUACCUGA